CUUCUCUCUGAAUCUGAAAAUCUUAAUAGGGACUAGUUAAUUCUGGAUUUCGGUGAAUUGACUUGACUUGGCAACAACAUUUUUUUUUUUUAAUGGAUUAAAAAAAACUCUAUGUAUGUUACUACUAGCCUAUUAUUGUAAAACAGUUGCAGCUAUUAUUGAUCAAACCCAAUUUUAUUUGUCCAUACAGAUAAUUUUUCAUCAUGUCUCGAUGUCAUCGAACUUUUCACACCGUUCUUAUGUUCGGAAUACUUCUGCUGUUUGUAUUUACAACAAUUGCUGUAUUUACAUAUAAUGACAGUGAUUUUUGGAAAACGGCAUCACCGAUACUGAGUACAAAGCCUUCUCCUUAUGACAAUUCACCCCUCUGUAACUGCCAAAACACUGAGCCAGCAAACAAGUAUGUGUCAGUAGAUGAGCUCGAAGACUUCCGGAAACGCAGAGCAGAGGAGUACAGACAACACCAGAUUAGGAUGGGGAAACAGAAUGACGUUCUUCUUCUGGCCCCCGCCAACACCCCACUCCAGUAUCCAAUUAAAGGAUUCAGAGUAUCUCCCUUGAAGAAAACACUCAUUCCUGGUCUAGCUCUCCAAACUCAAAACAGAAAACUUUAUAAGGUGUCUUUGAGAGUUCAUAAAGGGGUGCUGUCAGUAAUGGAUAUUCAGGGUGGAGAACACGUGGAUGGCCAGAAUGAGCAAACUCUGACCAUCUCAUCCAGCAGCCUCCAUCAGCUCAAUGACCUUCUGAGCAGAGUGACCUACACCAGUACCGUCUACCACAUCAAGACAGAAGACCUCGGUCUCUUCUCUUUUGAGAACUACAAGGUCACAUUUCCAAUCGAGAUCAGACGUUUGUCAGUUCCUGUACUGUUUGACCCAGGAAAAGAUAUAAACUCACAGGUGACCAUAUUAGUAAAGGCAUUUUUGAGAUAUAAAGAACUAAACGUCCUCAUCAGGAGCAUUCGUCAGUUCUACCCAAACAUAAAGAUCAUUAUUGCCGAUGACAGUCAUGACCCAGAGAAGGUUGUUGGUGACAAUAUACAACACUACAUCAUGCCCCCUGCACAGGGCUGGUUUGCCGGCAGAAAUCUGGCAGUGUCGCAGGUCACCACUAAGUACUUCCUCUGGGUGGAUGAUGAUUUUGUGUUCCUGAAUGAGACUCGUAUCGAGAGUUUUGUGAAGAUUAUGGAAGCUGUUCCUGAACUAGAUGUGGUUGGUGGCGAUGUAGGAGGAAAUCAGUUUUUAUUCAAACUUGAUUAUGAAGAAGGAAACCGUGAGGAAGGCGGUUGUAUCACGCGAGUCAUGGGUUCGCAUGCACCCCUGCCAGGUUUUGAUGGGUGCUACUUUGCAGACGGAGUCGUCAACUACUUCAUGGGUCGGACGGAUGCAGUGCGGAGGGUCGGUUUUGACCCAUUCCUCAAAAGAGUGGCUCACACUGAAUUCUUCAUUGAUGGACUUGGAGAUUUGUUAGUUGUCACCUGCAAAGGGCUCAGAAUUGGUCACCAGGAACGGCAUUCCACAAACAUUUAUAAUCAGUACAGAUAUCCACCACAAAGUGAUUCACAACAGAAAAUGAGACACCAUUAUUUUAAAAACCAUUUAAAAUGCAUUAAGUACUAAUGAGCAUUUCAGGUGAAAGGUCGCCACUUCUAGCACACUGUUAUAGGUUGGUUACCAGUUAUAUUUUGAUGGCUAUUUUGGGGGGUUUGCCUUUUUAUCUCAGCAGUUUGAUUCAAUGGAACAGAAUCUCAGAAUUGUUAAACUCUUUCCGUUCCCCAUGUUCAAACUGAACUAGGUAAAAAGGCUUGUUUGUAGUUUUCUUUUUAAUUAGGUUGUGUAUUUUUGACUGCUGCCCAUUUUGGCCAGGACACUCCUGUAAAAUAUUUUUUUUAAUUUCAGAGAGGUUAUCCUGGUUAUAAAAGGUUAUAAUAAUAAUAUAUUUGUCCUCUCUUACAAUCAGAGAGAUUGGAAAUUACAUGUUUAAGGAAGUUACUGAAAAUGAAAAAUUGCCUGAGGAAGGUUUAUUAUUUAUUUUGGUCUAUUGUUACGUUGAUGCAAAGGUUCCAUAAGACGUAUCUUGUUUGAGGCCACCAUCUUGGAUUUUGACCAAUAAAUUUUUUUGCUGCUGCUACUAAUUUGUCCAUGUUCACCAAAGUUUGCUCUUGAUAUGAUCUUCAUACUAGCUGCAUGUUAGAUAAUUUUGUCAUCCAGUGUAUUUAAUUUAUUUUGUCUCGAUUCGGCUCAGCUGAGGGAAGUAAUAAAUGACACCGACACCCAAUGGUAUCAAAUCCUUCUUCAAAGUUUAUUUGUUCAGCAUUCUGUUAUAUGGUCCAGAAAAACCACAUUCCACUGGACUCCCACCAAUGAAAUAGUUCUUUACCUUAUAUUGGCGUGACAUACAUGUUUGAACUACGUGUGAAACAUGAGAGUACAGAGACAGGAAACACAUUCCUAUAGAACAUCUUUAGAACAAUGAGCUGCUGCAGCUACCCCAACAAAAGAAGUUUAAAAGAGGCCUUCAUUAUUCCACAUUACAUCACCAGAGAAGUUGUUGAGAAGCAUUAAUUAUUUCACACUGCACAAAACGCAUAAACAACAGGAUUGAUCUUGCUAUCGGUACCUGCCAUUUUAUCCAUCCACCAUUUUUAUUUUUAUUUCUUUUUUGACUUGUCCCACAGUCUUCAUCCAAUCCUCCUCAAAUUUUAGCCAUAUAAUUAUUUUAGAACAUUCGUAUCAAAAAUGUAUGACAUUAUUUGUGAUAUUCCAAUAAAUUUUUCUGUAACACAUCUAAGUUAAAGGGGUCAUGACAUGAGAAACCAAAUUUGCCUUGAUCUUUUGGUAUAUAAGAGGUCUUUGUAUCAUUAAAACGUCCUGCAAGUUUAAUAUUUUAAGACGUCCUCCCCAUUCUAAACGAAUCAUUUAUUUA